AUGCUCGGCCUAGGGGCGUAUGAAAGCAGCAGUGAUGAAGAAGUGGGAAAUAAUUUGCCCUCAGUACCAUCGAAGAAGAUCGCUAGCCAGCAAGCACAGCCGCAGGAAGUGACUAAAGCUACAGAAAUCCCCAACGAAGCCACACCAUCGAAAGAGAUACCUGCUCCAGACACAGACAGGCCUGUUCUUGGACCGACGCAUGAAGGCUCACAAGAUCCACAACAGCAACCAGCCGAAAAUCCACAAGUCUUCUUAGCAGACCGAGCAUUGAUCCAUGACCUAACACUUCCUCCGUUACCAAAUCUAGACAUACCACCAUCUCCCCCUGGCUCUCCUAACCCUGCAGCGAAUGCCAAAAUCGCACACUUCUUGACCUUGAAGAAACAGGGCAUGCAUUUCAACGAAAAGUUAGCCGGGUCUACAUCCCUCAAGAACCCAAGUUUACUGAAGAAAAUGAUGGAUCAUGCCGGAAUUGAUGAUCAAGCGCAGUAUCACACAUCAUUACCACCUGAAGUAUGGAGUAUCAACGAUCUGCCAAGUUGGGGGUAUAAAGAGGAACUUUUGAAAGCGCAGAGGGAAAUUCAGAUUGGGGCUGAAGAAAGGAAGUCCGCAGGACAAAGGGAUGCUAUCAAUUUUGUGGCUGCCACGCCUAGCGAGUCCUCCCGUACAGGCCCUAUUUCUAGCUCAAGGACAAAACAAAGGUAA